UGAAAAUGCUGUAAAGGCGACAAUAUUUUCAAAAUAAAUAAAUUAAAAUUACCAUGCUGCGGCAAGAGAACUUGGCUGCCAACUUCUGUGGCCUUUUGGCCGCUCAGGGUUACAAAGAAAAGGCGAACGAGUGGCGCAUUUUGGGCCAGGAGCAGGACGGGUCGCUGCUAACCUCAUGGAUAUUCGAAUAUUUGGACGAGCCGACUAAGCGCGAAACCUGCAUUGGCCACUUCCAUGCCACCAAGAAGCAGGUACGCGUGCUCUGGACCCUGCCCGGCUGCGUGGAGAUCAUCCAGGCGAGCAUCAAUAGCAGCAUUACCUUGUUGUCCUAUGUGGUAAAAGCGUCGCAGCGCUAUCAGGCCUUUAUUGUGGAAGUGCGCAGCAGCGAGGACGGUACGCCCACAUGCCUCACGGCCGAGCCGUCGACCCGGCAGAUCAUGACGCAGUUCCUUUGGCGAGUGGAGAGCGCCACGCGGACCUGCUGGCAGGACAAGCUGUUGGUGCUCACACACGAGGACUCUAUCAAGCAGUACAGCUGCACGGUCAAGCAAAGCUCGACAGCCUCACAAACCGGCUGUGUGGAGGGCAGCGCCUGGCGCCUGGACGUCAGCAUAUUAACCCACGAGACGCUGGCCAAGAACUUCAGCUGGGCGCAGUGGGACGCAGAGUGCCAGGCACUCUACUACAUACACCUCAAGCCGAAGGCCGUGAGCCUCAGCUUGCUGGACGAGCGGGAGCAAACAGGCGAACAGGCGGUGCCGGUGCUCAGUCCCACUCUGUCAGCAUUUCAGUUCAACGAGAAGCAGCCCACGGAAACAGUUCUCAACAUUCCGCUCAAUUUGCCGAAACUUCCCGCGAAUGCCGCAGAGGAGCCGCCGAGCUACGAUGACGACGCUGUGCCGCUGCGCGUGCACGACAGCUCACUGAAUCUGAUCAUCCUGGCCGAUAGCUCGGGCAUGUUCUUCGUGUGCCACUAUUAUCUGUACCAGCCCAUGCAGCCGCAGCACGCGCAGGAAAGCAAGGCAACUAAGCAGCAGCAGCAGCAGCAGCAGGAUGUGCACUUCGCCUACUCCGUGUCGCUGUUGCAUCACGGAUGUGUGGUGCACUGCGUCAUGCCGGGCGUGCCCUGGCACAAGGCGCGGCUGCUGCGUCCCACCUUUGCGCUGCAGGGCUCGCAUCAUCUGUUGGUCUCAUCAGCAAUCUUUGUGCAUCUGCUGGACGUGGGCCUGCAGCACGAGCCCACGUGCCAUAUUGUGUGCCCGGCCGUAGUCAAUCGAGGUCCCGAUGUCAUUCACCUGGUGCCGCUGCGCAAGUGGGGCGCACUAGCCUUCGAUGCUGCCACCUUAGAUCUGGUCUCGCUGAGUGUGCCAAAGGCGCAUCUGAUUGAAACAUUCCGCAAUGACAACUCGCUGGACAACCGCAUCAGCAUCAUCCACUACUUCCUGAUUCAUUCCACUGACAUGGAUGUUCUGGCCGAGCUGCUGAGCAGCAUAUUGGAGCGGCCCCUCUCGCUGGACACCGUGGCGCUGCUGAAGGAGGCGCUCAUUGCCGGCAGCUAUGCGGCAGCAGUGCGCGGACUGCCCGAGGAGGCAAAGCCGCUAAUGCGCCUGCUCCCGCUGACCACGGCGAUUGCCACGCGACCUAUUCAAGCGCGCGUCGCAGACAUCAACGUGGGCAUAUCGCACGAGGCGCUGCAUAAUACGAGCAUGAUGCUAUUGUCGCCGCAGCAGCGUUUGUCUCCUUAUCGCACAGAUAUCUGGACACGGCUGUGGGAACUACUGAAUGAGUCUGCCAAGCAGGAGCAACCGCGCUUCGCAGCCGAGCAGGUGACGGAGAAACUGAUCUUUAGUCUGGCCUGCUACCAGCCGGAGGCGCUUUCCCGCUGCACGACACCCAUGACGCCAGAUGCAGGCAGCGGUGGCUUUGGCGACUACAGCAGCGGCAGCGCCUUUCCCUUCAGCAGCGAAGUGCUGCCGUUCAUUGAGCUCGAGGGCUGCACGGCUAGCAAGCAGGAGCACGUCCUUUCCGUUUAUUUGCGAGAGCUCAGCGUGCAUUUGGUGAAGCAUUCCUCAAAGCCGCAUUCGGGCUUCCGCUGGCUGAAGGAAACCUUUUUCGAGCGCUCGCAGGCUCCAGCCCAUGUUCAUGCAGUUGCCUCGCAAUUCGUUUCCGCUCAGCUGGAGCUGUCCCGUGCGCUGUGUUCGCUGGUUUGCCGGGCGGCCGGCUUGGAUGCGCGCUUGGAGACAUUGCGCGGCUUUCAACUGAUUGACCAGAUGUCCAGCAAUCAGCAGCACUCGCUGUUCCUGAUACUUGAACGUUAUUGUUUGGCCGUGGAGUCGAUUGCCUUCCCGCUGCCUGAAGGCUUCUCCUCGUUCUUCACGUACUUGGGCUACCGCGCCCUGGACUAUGACAUGUUUUUGCAAUACGUGGAGAAUCAUGUGUUUGAGCUGCAAGUAGAUGUCAUGAAGGCAAUUGUAUUCGAUAUCGAGGACACGCCGCAGGGCAUCGAGCGUAAGCUGUCGCUACUCUCGGCUCUGCCUAAGCAGCGGGCUCAGCGUUUGCUAAAAUGUUGGCAGCAUCCAGAGAGUCUUAUGAUAAGGGGGCGAGAGCAUGCGGCCAAUAUCUUAUCGGGUCAGCAUCAGGAGCCGGCACAGCGGCGCGGAUCUGGUGGCGUUUCACAGUCGCGAAUGCAUGCCAGAACUGAUCUCACGGCUGAAACGCUGUCUCCGCUGGACUCCUUCCUGGACCUGCUCACGGCCAAGGCGAGUCUUAACGAGUUGGACUACAAUUUGUUAAUAGAAACGACGCUGAGCUCCAUCGAACAGUUAACAGUCAAAGAAUAGUCACUUCAGAUCAUUAUCCCAUUAUUCAUAUAGGUCAAAUUGGUGUGUCAAAUGUGUAAAAGUAUUUGAGAGUACUUAAAAUGUCUUAAAAUAUUACUGUGUAGUCAGAAUAGAUAUGUAUGUAAGUCCCUACCUAAAGCAGUAUGAGUAUCCAAAGUUACAUUAAUUUAA